AUGCCGAAGCCCAAGACGCUGCUGAAAGAGACCAAAGCGAAGAAGAAACGAAAACAGGUGCUGGCUAGCUAUCAAAACUCGUGGAAGCCACCCAAGCUAAUAGCUCGCGAUCGCGCGGAUCAACCCGACUUGCAGGCUCCGGAGUCGGCAGAUGAGUUUCUCGCUGAGGGAGUCGAUCUUGAAGAAGCCGGAGAGAAAUGGCGGGCGGGAGAUCCAGUCAAGUCGAUGCGCUUCUUCAUGAGAGCCAUUGAGAUGUAUGAGAAUGGUUUACGUCGGUAUCCUGCCUCGUUCGACCUGGCUUAUAACAAAGCUCGAGUGCAGUAUGAAAUUACCCAGCAUCCUAAGCUGGUCACUCAGUUACCUGGCCCGAUCAUCGACAUACUCCGCAUCGCACUCGAUUCCCACCGAGAAGCCCUGCAGAAGGACCAGGAUAACGCAGACAUACUGUUCAACACUGCACAGGUGCUAACCAGUGUAGCUGAAGCACUUACGGAAGGGAAACGCGCAGACGAAGAGCAGACAGAAGAGGCGUUGAAGAGUCUAACUGAAGCCCUGGAGCUGUUCCAACGCUGUCUCGUUCUACAAGAGUUAAGAUUCACAGAGUAUGAACAGCAGCUGCAGAUGGUCCGGGAUGGCGGGCCGGAUCACCAGUCCCAGCAGGAUGAACAACAACAGCAACAAGAACAUGAGCAAAGCGUAGGCGACUCGAGAAGAGGUUCGACGGAAGCAGAAGAGUGGGCGGCCGUGGUUGAACCGGUGACAAAGAAUACACUUAUUGAUACCGCCAUUGCGCAGUUGGAAGCACUGGCUACGCUGUGUGGGCUGCUCUCCUCCGACCAUGGAAGCACUCUCGCCUGGGUAGAAGAGUAUUCCUCCGACCUCGUUCGAGAGAAGAUCGCCGCAUACGUCGAGGGUACAGACAGGGCCAACGAGAUAGCCAUCGUCCGUGCAAAGUUCCUCUCCAUCCUGCUAGAAAUCACCUAUCGAAGUGGCCGCAUCGACCUAGACACGUAUAAACAGGAGCUCGACUCCGCAUGGAGCAGCAACAACGUCGAUGUCUCGCAUGAUCCUGCCGGCCUUUCCAACCAGGCAGAAGCACUGGUAGGGUUCAGCUCGGCCAUGGCCGAUUCCUACCCUACCCCCAACAUUGACGGAUUCGAGAGAUCAUUGGAUCUGCGAUGGCAGGCCCUGGGAGUCGUCUUGAGUCGGCUAGCAGCUGCCUCAAAACUCGCUGGGCCAGACAACCUGGCGAAGAUACAUAUCGCUCGAGGUGAUGCGGAGAUGUUUCGGUGGAGGCUAGGCCAAGUCCCAUUCAGUUAUGCACCAGCCAAGGAUAACGCAACGACAUUGCUCAAAAAUGCAGAAACUUAUUAUCGUGGAGGGGCAGCCACUGCAAAAAGAGACGGAUGGCCGGAGGCAGAGCGCGAAGGUACAGUAAAAGAAGCCCUGGCUAAAGGUUUGGCUGGCGACUCAAGUCAGAUGGGGAGUUUGGCCAUUGACUCCAAGGGAUAUAUGAUGCGUGUAGCCGACGACAUGGCCGAGGACGGCCAUAUACCGCCUGAGGAUUUGAGUAAGCUAAUGGCAGUGUUGGAUCCAGACGAGCUGAUAUUCUAG